GUGAAACAGUUGCAUGUUUAUUCCGUGCCGUUUUUUAUAAUCUGUAACUAUGGACAGCAACAGUCAGAUAAUAGAAGAACUACGGGCUGAAAUCAUUGAACUAAAGAGAAGAGUAUCUGCCCUAGAAGACAAGUUCAACCACAAGGAAGAAGUGCAGAUCCAGGACGUGUCUAAAUCAUCUCUAUUUUGUAUAUUUGAGCCAAAUACUUCUUCAAAUCACGAGGAUGCAUGUCAAAAUGUUGACCAAUGGCCAGUGCAGGAGUCUCCGGAUUCAUCCACUGCAUCUCCAGUCUGUGACUCUGUGUGCAGUGAUACAGAACAACACAGUGCAUCUGCUUUAUACCCCAAAAUUUCAAGUGUUUGUACAUUCCUUAAAAAGGAGCCAGACCCAAUAGAAAUAAAUGGGAUAUCAGCAUUUAAUGGUGUUGCAGGCCAUCCUGCAUUGCAAGAGUUGAAGGAUGUAAAUAUUGUGACUCCUGUUACAAAAAAUGAAGGCCCAUUUGAAGUUCCUAAAGGACUGCAGACACCGUUGAAGGAGUGCUCAGUGCAGCUGGUGGACUGUGUUAAAACACUCAAGCAAGUUACAAAGACAGCCAAAGCUUCAAGAAAGUGUAAGGGAAGUGCAGACGAUCAUCCAGGGUAAAAAACAUCCCUUUGGGCAAAAGGCUAAAGCAUCCACUGGACUGUUCUCUUUGUGGAAAAACGAUACCUACAGCAUCAUCCCUUAAAACUCACAAGAGCCUUCAUAUUAGAAAGAUCUACCGGUGUUCGCAGUGUGGACAUACAUUCUACUAUUUGCAUACCUAUACAAAACAUAAGAGGUUUCAUGAAAGGAAACCACCUGAAUCUGAAGAAAAAUGAUUAGGGUUACCCUGAACUGUGUGUGAAAAAUGUUCUCUAAAAUGUCACAUGAAGCCGUUGAACUGUCCUUAGACCCACAUGAAGCAUAAACAACACACUGGAGAGAAGCUGAACAAACGCAUAUACUGUGAAAUAGUGCUUCUUUCUCUUCCUUCGAAAAAAUUUACUAUGUUGUUUUAUAAUAGUAAAAUGGUUUUAUCCAUUGUUUUUUGAGCAAUUCUGUUGCUAUUUUUAUAACCACA